GGCUGGUGCACUGCUCCGGAAUCAAACAGAAACUCGUUCAUCUUCCCCCCAGACUGCGACGAGGCCACGACAGACAGUUCCGGCUGGUAAAAACAAUAACAAAGUACAGGAGCUCCUCAUUCCUGCCGAAGACAAUAGGGGACUGGAACAAGCUUCCAAAAGCAACAGUUUAGGCGUUUACACUCGACACAUUCGUGUCUAUUGCCUCCUGUAUUCCAACCCCCAGUUCAUAACACCACUGCUGAGUGUGGCCCUAGCAAACUCGAAUCCACUCGCCCACCCAGCACGUUAACAGUUUAAUAAUUCAUAAUUGAAAGGAAUGUGUGCCCGGUGUUGUUCUUGUGAACUGGUAUAAGAGUCAUUACCUUGACAACACCACAGACACACGCAUAUCCAUUCUCGACGAUUGUGUCAUUCUAUAAAUCAGGAUUGAUGGUGUCGAUGGAAGCGGGACAACCCGUAGAUGUUGACUAAGGCAGUGUGGGCCACAUUCGUCCUUAGCGGCUUGUAGGUGCGUGUUGUUCUUUGAAAAUAUAUCUCUAUAAGACUGACACUGUGCGGUGCGUUACGAUGUAACUAUAAAUAGAUUGGGUCCACACACUCGGUGGGACUGCGGUUCAGGAAACACCGCCUGCCGUUGUUGUUUUUUGUGGGUUUUUUUUCUCGUUGCUGUUUGGCGGGAACCAGAGGCGUAGCUUAGGGGGUGGCCGGGGGGGGCGGCAGAUGUCCCCGGGCGCCAGCUAGUUAGGGGCGCCAAAAUGUGCUUUGAUAUUAUUUUAUUGAUGAAAAUAAAGGGUUUGAGAGUUGAAAAAGAAAAAAAAGAAAAAAAGGGCGCUUUAAAAUGGAUCUUGUCCCCGGGCGCGAAUCUUGUCCCCGGGCGCCAACCCCCCCCCCUCGCUACGCCUCUGGUGGGAACUGUGGCUGGGUUUCCAGCAGACGAGGAAAGCCACUCCUAAGUAGGUCAGGGCUAUAUCCGCAGUGUCAGCUGCCCUAAUUACAAGAGGAUGCCCCAUUUAAAUAAAUACCCCCACAUUUCAUUCCUUCAUAAGAACCUAGUUGAAUACGAUUUACGAGAAGAAGACGAAAAUAGGUUGUUUUCCCACUGUGUUGUGUAUGGCGGCUUCAGCCAAUAUCUUAUUUACAGCUCUCUUCGUCGUCCUCCCCCACUUCUCUUCCCCCCCACCUCUUUUAUUCUCACCCCCCCCUCUUUUUUUAUCUCCGCCCCCCUCUUUUUUCUCCCCCCCCCUUCCCGCCAAAUCUUAUGAAGUGCAAAGUGUGAAUUUAGAGGACCCGUCGUGUUAAUUUGUAAACGUCACCGAUUCAACGCCCGUUUGAUUCGACGUCUGCUGUGCUGCGUGGGAAACUUCCUGUUCUCUAUCAAAGACUCGUUUUUUUAUUUUUUAUAGGAUAACAUUUCUAUUAUUUUCAAUUUGCUCUUUUAGAGAACUACACCAUGCCCAGGAAUUUGACUGCAGGGAGGAAGAGACCGGCUCAGUCAACUGAGGUAAUGUACACACAUCAUUGUCUUAUGUCAUCUUCACAUCACCAAAGAAAUUAUAAGAUAUGUGUAUCUAUAUUUCUUUUUUUAAAUUUAAUGUUUGACAAUUUCAACUAAAGGGGGAAAAAAGGUGUCAUUCAUUAAAAUUAAAAGAAUCUUUAAUAUAAAAAUCGUUCUCCGCACAUUCCUUUCAGUAAUUUAAUUUAGCGAGUCACUGGGCUCUUUAAAAAAUUGAUUGUACAAUGUGUGGCGUUUUACGUGUGAAUCACCAAACUGUCCCGAAGGUAAGCUCACCAGAUUUUCUGGAUGCCAAGUACGGACACAAAGGAUCACAGCAACAUGAGGAAAAAAAAAAAAAAAAAAAAGGGGGGGGGGUAGAAGGGUGGAGGGAAAAAAAGGGUAUUGUAAAUGGUUUGUAAUAUCCUUCUUUACACCCUUUUGCUACAAACUUUUGUGGAUAUCUUGCAGCCCAUGAAUAGCUUUAAAAAAAAAUUCCAUUCUCAAGACGCUUUUCAUGAAAUUGAGGACACGUUAAAUCAGCAGUUCUCAACCUGUGGGUCGCGACCCCUUUGGGGGUCACACGACCCUUUCACAUGGGUCACCUAAGGCCAUCCGAAAACAAGUAUACUCCACAGUUAUAAAGUAUUAUUUUCGUUGGGGGUCGCCACAACAUGAGGAAGUGUAAUUGAAGGGUCGCGGCAUUAGAAAGGUUGAGAACCACUGCGUUACAUCAAUGUUUUCACUGAACAAUCAAAAUAUCUCUCAGCGUCCGAGUGGUAACUUUCAGAAACGGUUCCCAUUGCGAUUGAGCGCUGUUUACAUGGGAGAAAGUUCGCCCCCCCCCCCCCCCCCCCCCCCACAGUAGCUUGUUCUUAUGACAGGAAGGCUGAAUUAAAAAACUCAAGCUGUAGUUGCAAUUGUACAUUUGCACCCAGUUAUUUGAACGACACAAAAUGUCUUGCGAGUCCCAUUCUUCCUGCUCAACAGGUGGCAAAAAUUGUUUGACACACGACAUGUUAACUUAUUAAAGAGAUGGCUAUCCACAAUUUGUCCUGGGACGAUUUCAUGUAACAUGCAAAGAUUAGUCUCACACGGUUUUAUUCGUGUACAUCAGUAAUGCGUGGGUGAACGAGAACGAUUGCGCACGAUUGCGUUGAAACUAUUACCUGCGCCGACGUUUGCGGAGAGAUGAGAUGACACAAAGUAAAUGGAAAUAAGGCAAGUAGGUCGUCGCUGCUAAAAGUACGGACAAAACGGACGAAGAGUGCAUUGUACGGGCAAGACAAACGACGAAGUGAAUUGUACGGGCAAGACGAACGACGAAGUGAAUUGUACGGGCAAGACGAACGACGAAGUGAAUUGUACGGGCAAGACGAACGACGAAGUGAAUUGUACGGGCAAGACGAACGGCGAAGUGAAUUGUACGGGCAAGACGAACGACGAAGUGAAUUGUACGGGCAAGACGAACGACGAAGUGAAUUGUACGGGCAAGACGAACGACGAAGUGAAUUGUACGGGCAAGACGAACGACGAAGUGAAUUGUACGGGCAAGACGAACGACGAAGUGAAUUGUACGGGCAAGACGAACGACGAAGUGAAUUGUACGGGCAAGACGAACGACGAAGUGAAUUGUACGGGCAAGACGAACGACGAAGUGUAUUGUACGGGCAAGACGAACGAGGAAGUGAAUUGUACGGGCAAGACGUACGAAGAGUGAAUUGUACGGACAAGACGAACGAAGAGUGAAUUGUACGGGCAAGACGGACGACGAGUACGGACAAAUAUGGACGAGUGGAAAGUACGGACAAAUAUGGACGAGUGGAAAGUACGGACAAAUACUGACGAGUGGAAAGUACGGCCACAUACGGACAACGAGUGGAAAGUACGGACAAGCCGGACGACGAGUGGAAAGUACAUAAAAUACGGACCCAAAAUUUAGUACGGAUAAGGGUGUCGUAAAUACAAACUGUUUGUACUAACUAAUGUCAUCUGGUAACUGUCACAGAACGGUUGUUACGGAGGAGGGCUCCGGUCCUGACUUGUCACAAACUAUAUCGACUUAGUAGUGGUCAGUACAGGACCGCUCCUCUCUGUGAUUUAUAUUGUGGGUAUCUAGGCGUUGAGACAGACAAAAGCACAACGUAGACUUGGACGAAAAUCAAGCAACUCAAACUUCAGGUGUCCAAUAAUAAUGAAAAUAUGUUUAUUUCUAAGAUAGAAGUUCUUCUGUAGUCUUCACUAACUGUCAGCUGUCUAAAUGAUUCUCUAAAGCUGUGACUGUUCAACUUUAUCCUUUCAACUAGUCUUAUGUCAAACUAGUCAACUGACGUCUCCUGAUCUCUCUCGACUGUCCUACAUCUACACUACUGAUAUACCUCUCACCUGCUGCUAUACCUCUCAACUGCCGCUGUACCUCUCCACUCCGCUGUACCUCUCAACACCCCUGGAUUCUCGAUUUCCCCAAACUAUAAUGUCUUCCCUCUACUACCAUAAACUCUGCCGAUGGCAGGCUAACAAUUCCCUAAUCUAUUGUACCUUUGUGCGGCACCCACGCCCAUGGCUCCCGUCUCCAGCAUGGUCAUUUGUGACCAGUAACCCUUCCAAAGGCCCCAUCACUAACAAUUAAGUACAACAUGCGACGAUAAUUGUAAGAUCCCCAGAGUUGAAAUAAUAAGAACGUUCUUGUACUUUACCUAGACGUUAGAAAAUGACGAGGUUUACCUUUCUCGGACGGGUAGCUACCCAUGUCAACUCCCGUUUCUACUAAUAAUGUUACAUCCUCUUUUGGGCUGCGAUUCAAUCUCUUAUAGCCCUGACCAUUAUUGUGGCGGCCUGCCACAUCUGGUGGGCGUCGCCGUAAAUUAGGCCUCAGGUUCACGACCCUCUGCCCCCUUUUCACUAGUGGGACAAGCAACCACUAGUUGGGCCAUUGUCUCCUCUGUCUGGCCACACAAUUGACAGUUUGGUUCCCUCCGGUCGUCAAGUCUAUGGAGGUAGCUGCGCCUCGCGCAAUGGCCCGUCCUCGUAUGGGUGAUGGGGCUGUGGUCGCCUCGCUUUAGCUUCCACCAGGGGUCGCUCUUGCUCGGUCCCGGCAUUUUCCGAUAAAGCUGUCGUCCAGUUUCUCCUGCGGCCAAAUCGCUUAGCCCCUUUUCCCUGAAGUGGGCUUCUAGUCAAGCUGUGAGUCAUUAAGUUUUUCGGGUUGCACCUGGGCUGGGACUUCUUUGGCUAAGAAGUCCGUCCUGUCGUGCUGCGUCAGCUAUACGUCCCCAGCGAUAAACUGCAGGGUUAAUAUGGCGCCUUUGGCAUGGGUGCUACCAACUGUCUCCAAAAUGGUGUUUACCAUCGUGCUUUCCGUAGAGCCCCGCCCCGACAUGCUCAAGAGCUGAGCGUGAGUCGGUGAAGACCAUGACGUCAGGAAAGUUUUCCCUCUUAGCUAGGCGUUGGUGAACUCUCUUUAGGAGAACCGGAAUUGCCUUGAUCUCCACAUUAAGGCUUGUUCUACUUUUCCCACUGGGUCCGGAUAACUCCUCUGGUGUAUUUCUACUAACUAACUUACUUAAGAAACACAGCAAACUAUCGAGCCAGAGCUCAUAAAGUCUUCCCCAGUGCCCUACCCCCGCAAACCCAACCGGCCUUCAACCCCUCCCACAGUGGUCUUUAUUCCAGUCGGGCUGCGCAGCGGCACGCCUGGGACAUUCUGCCCCUGGGACAGCCACACCCAACCCCACCCUUCCACUCUAUUGACUAGGCGAGUGAGGAGGCAUCAGAGAAGGAACACCUGGCGGCCGGGGUGCUGCUCGCACAGCAACCGGGCCGGACUUUCUAGGGGCUGGAGGUGGAUAUAUUUAACGUCUCUAUGUACCCCCUUCCCACCCUGGGGGGGGGGCGCGUAGGUGUUGAACAGACGCCCUCUAAUAGGGUUUACGUGGUGUUCUGUGGUGUGACUAACUCACACCACAGGUGGGAGAGAAAAGGUUGCCUAGGAGCAGUACCCUCAAAGACUGCAUGUUUAGAAUCACCGGUGAGGGUCGCUGCGCUACCUCACCUCAUAUCUAUACGGCAACCGUAAGCAUGUCCGUGUGUUUCUACCAGAUGGGUUAAUUUAUCAAGUGAUUUCACACAUUGUAAUACGUCGUACGAGCAUUGAAUCAACUCAAGUCAUUUAUCACAAUAAAUGUAACUUUAAUACCAAAUUACAUACUUUAAUUUCCAUAAGCACAUGGCUAUAGCGUAGCUCGCUAUCAGACAGAAAUAAAACACAUUCUACUUCCACAAAGUUCCAUCCACGACUGCCUGACGAAUGAAACAUGUAAGUCACAAAAGAGACAAGGCAAUACGUCAUUAAUGAGCAUGAAAAUACGUCAACAAGUCAAGCGUGGGAAGAGCGUUCAGUAACUUAUAAAUAUCUCAAAAAACGCACCGCGCCUAAUGAAAUAGAAUGUCCAGUCGCAACAAUUAUUAUUGAACUGCCAUACACGACAAAUGACCAAACUUACCCGAAGGCCCCAUCACUAACAGUUAAGUACAACCCUUAAAACAGGCUGAGUUUCAACCAAGUUUGCCAAAGAAGAAGAAGGAGGAGGAGGAGCAACAGGAGGAGCAUCAGGAGGAGCAGAGACUAAGACUCAGACGCCACCAAAGACGACGCAUGGCUGCACGGGAGGGGCGGGUAAGUAUAUUAAUUGCUAGAGUUGUAAAUUAAGUUAUAAGUAGUCCAUUCGGAUUACGGCGUUGUUAAUCCCAUUUUCAUUAGGGUAUAAUUCGGUUAACUAUUUCCAUGCCAGCAAUAAUGGGAUGCAUUUAGUCAAGCUGGUGACUUUAUCACUUCAUUGAAUGAAUAUGUGGUGUAACAAUUACCUGUACCUGGAUUGAGAACGUACAAAUUACUGAGAAGUCAACUCAAUAUAUUAAUCUCCUUCUCCGCAUUAUUCAUGACUGACAAAAAUCUUUAAUUGUAAUGACGUUUUUGAAUAUUUCAUGGCUUUACAUUCUCUGGGGCUUUAGAUACACAUUCUAGUGGGUGUUGUUGUUUUUUUGGGGUGGUGGGGGGCGUGAAAAAAUGGGGUGCGUUCUCAUGAGAAUAUUGGGUGGAACCCAUGAGAAAAUGAGCGGGACCCAUGAGAAUAUUGGGUAGGACCCAUGAGAAUAUUGAGCGGGACCCAUGAGAAUAUUGAGCGGGACCCAUGAGAAUAUUGGGUAGGACCCAUGAGAAUAUUGAGCGGGACCCAUGAGAAUAUUGGGUGGGACCCAUGAGACUAUUGGAUGGGACCCAUGAGAAUAUUGAGCGAGACCCAUGAGAAUAUUGGGUGGGACCCAUGAGAAUAUUGGGUGGGGCCCAUGAGAAUAUUGGGUGGGACCCAUGAGAAUAUUGAGCGGGACCCAUGAGAAUAUUGGGUGGGACCCAUGAGAAUAUUGAGCGGGACCCAUGAGAAUAUUGGGUAGGACCCAUGAGAAUAUUGAGCGGGACCCAUGAGAAUAUUGGGUGGGACCCAUGAGAAUAUUGGAUGGGACCCAUGAGAAUAUUGGGUGGGACCCAUGAGAAUAUUGAGCGGGACCCAUGAGAAUAUUGGGUGGGACCCAUUAGAAUAUGGGUCGGACCCAUGAGAAUAUUGGGUGGGACCCAUGAGAAUAUUGGGUGGGACCCAUGAGAAUAUUGGGUGGGACCCAUGAGUAUUUUGGGUGGGACCCAUGAGAAUAUUGGGCGGGACCCAUGAGAAUGUUGGGUGGGACCCAUGAAUGUUAGGUGGGGCUUAUAAAUGUAUAAUUAUUUUUCACAAUAUUUAGAAACAAAAAUGUUGAGGGUCUUUAUAGAGUUUUUUUUUUAGAAUUUAGGGGACCCCUGGCCUGUGGGUUAAUGUUACCGACCUUGAAUGAAGUGAUCAUCUGAUUGAAGUAAGCAACGCUACGUUAAAAUAUAAUUCAUGACGACAUGUGAUUUAAAAAUAAUCUAUUUUUAUUGUUAUUCAUAUUUUUACACUAAUCGUAUAUGAGAAAUGAUGGGAUUAAUUUCAACUGUUUAGCGUCGCCCUUUCACCGAACAAGACGAUGCCAAUGAUGACAUUGAUCUACGAAAUGGACCCAUGUUGACGGACAUAGACAAGUCCAGGGCCAACAGAAGAAAUUGGGACAUCGAUAUUAAACGGGAAAGGCAGAUCAUGAAAAUAGGAAGGAAAGCCGGUAGGUCGUCGCCAGUCUUGUCUUCAUGUUCAUCGAUACCUAAUGACACAAUUAUCAUUGACUGUCUUGAUACACAAUUUCCCAACAAUCAAGAAAUCUUGUACAAUAUCCUAACACUCAAUAACUCUUGUACAAUAUCCUAGCACUUAAGAACUCUUGUACAAUAUCCUAACACUCAAGAAAUCUUGUACAAUAUCCUAACACUUAAGAACUAUUGCACAAUAUCCUAACACUUAAGAAAUAUUGUACAAUAUCCUAACACUUAAGAACUAUUAUACAAUAUCCUAACACUUAAGAACUCUUGUACAAUAUCCUAGCACUUAAGAACGUCUUUACAAUAUCAUAACUUAAAUGUGGAACACUUUGUUUUUUCAAAUACACUCGUAAUAGAAUAUCCUACUAUAAAAAUGUUUUACCUACUGUGGUAUUAUACUACGUGUUAAUGACCAAAAAAUAAAAAAAGAUAAGUUUUAACAUAACGCGAUUCUUUUUCAAACCACAGCAACCUUCUUGAAGUUUUGCAAAACCUGUUUGGACAGAAAGAAAAUUUGCUGCGAAAAUCUUCCAUGUGGGCACAUGACAAACUGCUGUGAUUGCGCACCCCUGGUGCUGAAAUGCGCCCAGUGCGCCCAGGAUAUUAGAGGGACAAGCCCUAUUCAGGACAUAGUCUGGAAGUUUCUUGUACAUUCUACAGUUUCUGGAAUGUUCUUAGAGAAUUCAUAUGAAUUUUCUCUACCAGCACUGUAGAAUUACAUUUCAAAUCAUUCCAAUGCUUUGUCUUGUAUUGGUAGUUAAUGCCUUUUGUUUCUCUGUUUUGUUUUUUUUUAAUUGCAUUGUUAGUUCGUGGUUGUGUCUUCCCUGUUCGUUUCAAAUUUAGCCCUUAUCAUUUCUCAUUUUUUUAAAAAUAGAAAUAUUUAACACUUAUUACGAUUUUUAUCCUAAAAUGUUGAUUAAAGUGUCACAAAUGACUGGGACGGGGGUACAGGACAGAGCUCCAUUGUUGUUAAGGUAACUUAUAGGAUGGAAGGAAACUGCUGUUAAUGGGGUUAAGUUAAGGUUAAUAGACUCUCACAUCUUGAUAUAGUGGGGAUUGUUUCUUUGGAUAAUAGUAUGUUCGGGUUUUCCAGACUUCGCGUGAUAGUUUUUGGGUUAACAAUGGGAAGGUCUAAUUGACCGGAAAUUAGGGGGACAUGGGUGUGUUUAUAGAUAUCAUUCCUGGACCACCUAUGGGGUUAGAGAAUCACAUAUAAGAGGGAGCUUUCACUGAGUUAAAGGAGUUGAGGAAGAGGGAACUGAGGUACGACGUAGCUGAGGAAGAGAGAGAAAAGAGCUACGAUAGAAUCAAGCAGUUGUUAGGGAAUAGUUGCUAGUGAUCAGGAGAUGACAGAUGACUAGAAGAGCUUAUAUCUUACAAAUAAACACUUUCAUUAUCGUUGGACACCUGGAGUUUGAGUUGUUGCAUUUCGUUCAAGUCUACGUUGUGCUUUUGUCUGUCUCAACGCCUAGACACCCACCAUAUAAAUCACAGAGAGGAGCGGUCCUGUACUGACCACUACUUAGUCAACACAGUUCGUGGUAAGUCAGGACCGGAGCCCUCCUCCGUAACAACCGUUCUGUGACAUAAAGUACGCCCCGAGAUUCCACAGGUGAUGGCUUGGGUUGUUGAUAUUACAGCUUUUCAUCAAAUUUCCAUUGAUUCACAGAUAUGUCAUUAAAAAAAAAAAUAAUCAAAAGUUUUCUUAUUAUGUUUACCAAAAGUGAAAGUUUACAAUUCAU